CAGUUCAUUGAUUUUAUCCUCGCUAUUACUGGAGCUCGUCCCGGAACUUACUGCCGCUGGGCCGGUUUUCUGGUCGGAGCUGAUUAAUUGAAGGGCCGGAAAGUUAAUUCGAUGGCUUGUUUUCCGGACUGUUUAAAGCAUUAUUUUUAUUUGCAGAAAGAAGAGCUAAUCAGGAGGUUUUCCCCCUGUGUGUAAGUGAAUGUCAUUGUAAAGCCGCUGUGGAUUCCGGAGUGAGGUGGACUGGAGGCCUGACCUCCGCCUGGGGCCUGGGCCUGGGCCAUGGCGCUCAUCCUGCGGCUCCUCCACACCCGCGCUCCCUGGCGCCGACUGUGGCCGGGACAACGGGCCUGCUGGCGGUUUAUCAGACCCUGCAUUGGAAGAGGUUCUUCAUGUCAAGAAAAUAUGUUGAAUUUUAGAUUAUUCUGUUCAAAAGAGCCAAAAGGUUUUGAGAAGUAUUUCCCAAAAGAUAAACCUUCCUCAGAACCAAAAGCUGCCGACAUUAAAGCAAAGGCAAAGGAGUCUGGAGGAAGUACUGGAGGUGGACCAGGAGGCAGUAGUAAGAAAAGCGGGAAAAAAGAGCAAUCCACCUGGUGGAACCGGAUACAGAAGGGAGAUCUACCAUGGGAUGACAAGGAAUUCCGCUAUUUGGCUGUGGGAAUAGCUGGACUUAUCUCUGGAUUCAUGUAUUUCUACUACCGAGACCCAGGCAGGGAGAUAACUUGGAAAGAUUUUGUGAGCUACUAUCUGGCCCGAGGUGUGGUUGAUCGCCUAGAAGUUGUCAACAAGCAGUUUGUUCGAGUGAUUUUCAACCCAGGAACCAAAAGUGAUGCUAGUUAUGUAUGGUUUAACAUUGGAAGUGUGGAUACAUUUGAGCGCAAUUUGGAAACUGUGCAACAGGAAAUAGGAAUCGAACCUGCAAAUCGUGCUGCUGUGGUGUAUAACACGGAAAGCGAUGGUUCAUUCAUGUUAAGUAUAUUACCCACGCUGUUGCUGAUUGGUUUUUUACUGUAUACACUGCGACGAGGAUCUAUGGCAGCUGGUCGUGGGGGACGAAGUGGCGGACUCUUUAGUGUUGGUGAAACAACAGCAAAAAUGCUGAAGGAUGAGAUUGAUAUCAAGUUCAAAGAUGUUGCAGGAUGCGAAGAAGCUAAAUUGGAAAUAAUGGAAUUUGUCAACUUUCUGAAAAACCCGAAGCAGUACCAAGAUUUAGGGGCCAAGAUCCCAAAGGGUGCUAUCCUGUCUGGACCACCAGGAACUGGGAAAACGCUAUUGGCAAAAGCAACUGCUGGGGAAGCAAAUGUUCCUUUUAUAACUGUGAAUGGCUCUGAAUUCCUAGAGAUGUUUGUUGGUGUUGGACCUGCCAGGGUACGGGACAUGUUUGCAAUGGCACGGAAGAAUUCUCCCUGUAUUCUUUUCAUUGACGAGAUUGAUGCUGUCGGUAGGAAGCGAGGAAGGGGAAACUUUGGUGGACAGAGUGAACAAGAGAACACCUUAAAUCAGCUGCUGGUUGAAAUGGAUGGAUUUAAUACCAGUACCAAUGUUGUUGUACUGGCAGGAACUAAUCGACCUGAUAUUCUUGACCCAGCGUUGAUGAGACCUGGCAGAUUUGAUAGACAAAUUUAUAUUGGUCCUCCUGAUAUUAAAGGGCGAGCAUCCAUUUUCAAGGUGCACCUGAGUCCAUUGAAAAUGAAUUCCAGUAUCAGCAAAGAUUCAUUGGCACGUAAACUCGCUGCACUGACUCCAGGUUUCACUGGAGCUGAUAUUGCCAACGUGUGUAAUGAAGCUGCUCUGAUUGCUGCUCGGUAUUUAAAUGAUUCGAUCCACGUGAAGCACUUUGAGCAGGCAAUAGAACGCGUAAUUGGAGGAUUGGAGAAAAAAACGCAGGUUUUGCAACCAGACGAAAAAAGGACAGUUGCGUAUCAUGAGGCUGGACAUGCUGUUGUUGGUUGGUUCCUGGAACAUGCAGACCCCCUUCUUAAAGUAUCUAUCAUACCUCGUGGGAAAGGCCUUGGCUAUGCACAGUACUUGCCUAAGGAGCAGUAUCUUUACACAAAAGAGCAACUUUUUGAUCGCAUGUGCAUGAUGCUUGGUGGGCGAGUAUCUGAGCAGAUAUUUUUUAAUCGUAUCACAACUGGUGCUCAGGAUGAUCUGAGAAAAAUCACACAAAGUGCUUAUGCCCAGAUUGUUCAGUUUGGUAUGAGUGAAAAACUUGGACAAGUGUCCUUUGACCUUCCACGUCAGGGAGAUUUGGUGGUUGAAAAACCAUACAGUGAGACCACAGCACAGAUUAUCGACGAGGAAGUUCGGGCCCUUAUUGGUACCGCAAGCCAGAGAACCACCGCAUUGUUGAAGGAAAAGCGAUUAGAAGUUGAAAAAGUGGCUGAAUGGUUGUUAGAAAAGGAAAUACUUAAUAAAGCGGACAUGGUUGAUCUGCUGGGACCACGGCCAUUUGCAGAAAAAUCCACCUAUGAAGAGUUUGUAGAAGGGACUGGUAGCUUUGAAGAAGACACCACUCUACCUGAAGGUCUAAAGGAUUGGAACCAGGAAAGGGAAGAGAGUAAAGAGGAAUUGCCACAGAAAGAGCUCGUCUGAAAUAUCUCAAGCAGCUUUCUGCCUUGGACAAUUGCAGAGCUUGGUGUUGUCCAAACUGCAUUGCUAAUACAAGGAGAAAACAAAUGCGCUGUUUGGAGCAGUUCAUAUUUAAGACUGUACAUGAUGACCAAGGCAGCAUGAAGCAGCUUUUGCAGUUCCAUCUUGCAUUGACCCAGUCGGGACAUGGAUUUAUGACUCAAUUAUAAGUUUUUGCUGAGCCUGCUAGAUUCCUGGACUCAAGCUGAAUCUGAUAAAGCCAUUUCUCUCUGGAGGGAAUAUGAUCUGUAUCUGGACACAUGAAAGAGCAACAGUGAAUAUAAAGAAUGGAAAAAUUACCUGAAUAAAUUUCAAUGAUUGUUGGCUCACAAUAUAAAA